CUUCUCAAGUGCAAAAACCAUCAGAAAAGGCUUCAGCGCAAACGUAGCUCGGUUUCCGAUCCAGUUGGAGAUGUCUUCUUCUGGGUCAAGGAGCGCAUCCCGCGGCGGCGCCAACCCGGAGUGGAGCAAGAAGGAGAACAAGCUGUUCGAGGACGCACUCGCCUACUACGGCGAGGGCACGCCCGACCGCUGGCUCAAGGUGUCCCGCGCCAUGGGCGGGACCAAGACGGCCGACGAGGUGCGCCGCCACUACGAGAUCCUUGAUAGCGACAUCAAGCUGAUCGACUCCGGCAGGGUCCCCUUUCCCAAGUACAACACCCAGGGGGCUUGGAACUGAUCCAUCAAUCAAGGAGCAAAGCUUCUGAAUUCUGAAGAUCCUGCAAACAGGAUAAUCUGUUGAUAAUCAACUCCUUAGCUGGGACCAUGUUAUUAAAGCAAGCAUAAUUAUGUACCGUAAAACAAAGAUUGUGGGCACUUGGUUAGGAAUAAAAGAAGAAAAUAUAUGUGAGUGUACAUAAUAUUAGGUUUGUAAGCAAAUCAAGUUCGCUUGGUUUUGCAGACGGUAGCAUGUAUUUUUCAUUGUGUACUGUAUUACUCCUCCCCAAUAAGUUUUGGGGUAAACAUCAGUGAUGUAAAUCCCCAGUACUUGUGUGUACUAUUUAUGAACUUGUGCUGGUAGAAUAUUCAUGUUUGUCUA